AUGCUAAGGGGAUUCUAUGAGAAGAGUGACGCGUGGACCUUAUGUGUGCAUGGUUGUGAAGCUCCGCUUGAGACCGACAUGGUUGGUUGUCGCUCUGAGAGGCAAUUCAGAUAUGGUGGUUACCAAAGAAAACUAGGUGGUGGCCGACAAGAUGCGAAAGCGGCGAAUAGCAGUGGUGACAAUGGAUUCCUCACCGAAGAUGGUUAUAGACUAACAGAGCGGGAUUAA